AUGGUGGAGGCGAUGAUAAAGAGCAAGGCAGCGGCUUUAACCGUCGCCGAGAGAUGCAGAAGCAUUUUGGGUGCAAAUUCCCAAGCUCACCUCAACACCAUCAAAGUCGACUCCAAAGGCAGCAAGAGUGAGAUUCACACUUCGAAGGUGCACUAUAUUUUCAAGAGGGGAAAGCCUUACAUCUGGGUUCAUGAAGGAGACUUGCAUAAUACCAACAUAAUCAUUGAUGAGCGAGGUUCUUUUUCUGUCAGCAAUGUCGUUCCAGGUCCACUUACGGGUUUGCUCAAAUCUAUAAGAAAGCUGCCAGCUUGUGCUGCUUUAGCGGGGCGGCGAGUAUCGAAUCGGGCGCGGAGCCUCUGGACGAUGCUUGAGGCGCCAGAGCUCCGAUGGGCGUUCAUUCGUAAGAUCUACACGAUCCUCACCGUCCAAUUGCUGAUGACCGUCGCCGUUGCAUCAGUCGUCGUAUCCGUACGGCCGAUCUCUCACUUUUUCGCCUCCACGAACGCUGGAUUAGGGCUUUGGAUCUUUCUCAUCAUUCUCCCGUUCAUACUUUUGUUCCCUUUGCAUUAUUAUUAUCAGAAGCAUCCGGUGAAUUUGAUUCUUCUUGGAUUGUUCACGGUGACGAUUAGCUUUGCUGUUGGAUUGUCUUGCGCAUUCACCAGCGCAAAGGUCAUUCUGGAGGCUGCUAUUCUGACUGCUGUUGUAGUUUUGGGUCUCACCCUCUACACAUUCUGGGCAGCAAAGAGAGGCCAUGACUUUAGUUUCCUUGGUCCUUUCCUCUUUUCUGCUGUCAUGGUGAUGCUUGUGUUCUCUCUCAUCCAGGUGUUUUUUCCGUUGGGUAAGAUAUCUGUGAUGAUCUACGGUGGACUUGGAGCGAUAGUAUUCUCUGGAUAUAUUGUAUAUGACACAGACAACUUGAUCAAGCGCUACUCCUACGAUGAAUAUGUCUGGGCUUCUGUUGCUCUCUAUCUUGACAUCGUCAACCUUUUCCUUAGUUUACUUACUUUACUUAGAGCUGCUAACAAUUAAAUUUCAGGCGUAUGGAAGUAUGCAGCUCAAAUGAAUACAUUCUUAUUUUAGAGUAAAGACUCAUGGAUAUAAGUAAAGCUUUUACCUAAAAGGAGAAAUCUGAAUUUAGGUUUGUACAUAUCAAUUGUCUUUCAUUGGAGACCGUAAUAUUCCCGUUUUAAUAAGAAGUGGUGUCAAAUUGGCAUAAGAAGUGGUGUCAAAUUGGCAUGACCAAAUUGGUAUAUUUUGUAGAAGCUUGGUGACAUUGUAUAUUUUUUUAGUUUUGUCAGAUUGAUAUAUUUUAUC